AUGAAGAAAUGGACUUUGGGUCUGGCCCUUCGGCCUUUGUUUUUCUCACUCUGUCUGCUGCAGCAAGUUGGUUCAAAUAUGUGUAGCAACAACAAUUAUGUGAUCAAUGUGAUGCUCAUGAAUUACUCGGACUUACCGUCAUCUACUGACAGUUUGAAAUUAGCUGCAAGUCAAGCCUUGAAAAAGGUACAAGAAGAAAUCCAGACAGAAGGACAAAAUAUUACAGUCAAUGCCACCUUCCACAAUUUCACAUCAUCAUUCUAUGUCUCACGAGGCUGUCGUACCAGCACCUGUGAAGGUUUGGAGCUCAUCAAAGAAAUUUAUGAUAACGACGCACUUGGCUGUGUCGUCAUAGGACCCGCUUGCACUUACGCCACCUACCAAAUGGUCUCAGCUGAAACAACACUGAGCCUGCCUCUGAUCUCUGUAGGGAGUUUUGGACUGUCAUGUGACUACAAAGUAAACCUAACCCGGCUUCUGACUCCAGCCAGGAAAGUGAUUGACUUCUUCUAUUAUUUCUGGACUGAAUCUGGGUUGCCAUUCAAAACCACAGCCUGGGAAUCUGUCUACAUUUACAAGAGGGACGAUAGCUUGGAGGCAUGCUUCUGGUACAUGAAUGCGCUAGAUGCUGGAAUAACACACUUCUCCGAAAAACUGAAGUUCAAAGACAUUUUAAGGACUUCGGAUCAGUUUAAAAAUAUUGUGAAAGAUCCAAACCGGAAAAGCAAUGUGAUCAUCAUGUGUGGCUCUCCAGAUGUCAUCGGCAAAGACCUAGGGAUGGAGAAAACUGAUGAAGAUAUUGUUAUCAUCCUGAUAGAUCUCUUCAAUAACACAUACUUCAGGGACAAUAUCUCAGCCCAUUACAUGCAGAAUGUGCUUGUUCUGACUCUGCCACCAGAUAAUUACAGCUUGAAUACCAUGAAGACUGUGGAUGCCCCGCUGAUGGAAGAUGACUUUGUCAUUGGCUAUUUUAAUGCAGUCUUGCUGUUUGGACAUAUACUGAAGAAAUUUAUCGUAUCCCAGAAUCCUGUAUCACAUCUCAGUUUCAUCAAUGCAUCUCGAAAUAUCACUUUUGAAGGUGUACUGGGUCCUGUGACUCUAGAUGAAUUUGGAGACAUUGAUAGAAAUUUGACCCUGAUGUACACAUCACAGACUGAAAAUCAUUACAAACCUCUUCUGUAUUUCAACACUCAAAAGAAUGAGACACACGCGGUGACUACCAGUCCGGAUUUUGUAUGGAAGAACAACAAGCUGCCCAGUGAUACUCCAGACACUGGCCCACACAUCUUGACUAUUGCUGUCUUUACACUCACGGGAAUUGUGAUUCUGGUUCUGAUCAUCUCUUUGCUGAUUCUAAGGAAGUACAGGAGAGAUAAUGAGCGCCGGUGGAAGAAAUGGUCCCAUAUACCGCCUGAGGAAAUCUUGCCUCUGGAGACCAGUGAGACGAGUCAUGUUAGUUUGAAGAUCGAUGAAGAUAAGAGACGUGACACCACCCAGAGACUGCGCCAAGGCAAAUAUGACAAGAAGGUGGUGAUCCUAAAAGAUCUCAAAAACAGUGACGGUAAUUUCUCAGAGAAGCAAAAAAUAGAACUGAACAAGCUUCUACAGAUUGACUAUUACAACCUGACCAAGUUCUAUGGCACUGUGAAGAUAGACGCCAUGAUUUUUGGGGUGAUUGAGUACUGCGAAAGAGGUUCUCUGCGGGAUGUUUUAAAUGAUAAAAUCUCCUACCCUGAUGGCACAUUCAUGGACUGGGAAUUUAAAAUCUCUGUCAUGUACGAUAUUGCCAAGGGGAUGUCUUACCUCCACUCAAGCAAAACUGAAGUCCAUGGUCGACUCAAAUCCACAAACUGUGUAGUAGACAAUCGCAUGGUAGUGAAGAUCACUGAUUUUGGCUGUAAUUCAAUUCUGCCUCCAAGGAAAGACCUGUGGACAGCUCCCGAGCAUCUCCGGAACGCUGAUGUCUCUCAGAAGGGUGACGUGUACAGCUAUGGAAUCAUUGCCCAAGAAAUCAUCCUACGCAGGGAGACCUUCUACACCGGAGACUGCUGGGACAACAAAGAGAAACUUUUCAGAGUUGAGAACAGCAAAGGAGUGAAGCCUUUCCGACCAGACUUGUCCUUGGAAGCAGUGGGAGAAAAACAGAUGGAAGUGUAUACACUAGUGAAGAGCUGCUGGGAGGAAGAUCCAGAGAAAAGGCCUGACUUUAAGAAAAUUGAAAGUACUCUGGCCAAAAUAUUCAGUAACUACCAUGGCCAGACCAAUGAAAGCUACAUGGACACCCUGAUCCGGCGUCUACAGCUGUAUUCCCGGAACCUGGAGCACCUGGUGGAGGAAAGGACAGAGCUAUACAAAGCAGAGCGAGACAGAGCAGACAGGCUUAAUUUCAUGUUACUUCCAAGGUAG